AUGUCAAAUUACGAACAGCCAAAUACACCUCUCAUGAACGAAAAAUUACCUGGAAUCGACAAGUUGCCUAAAUUAGAAGAGAACUCUACACCAUCUCCACCAGCACCCAGUUGUUCCAUUGUUGAUAAUCGAGGCACCAUGAUACCUUCAUCUGCCUAUCUACCUCCACCCCCACCUCCAAGCUACAGUGCAUUCAAUCCUGGUAUGAUGUACCAACAGCAUAUGUCACCUCCUCUCACUCCAGCAGUUUCUCCUUCCUCUGUUCUUUUCGAUUCAAUGCAGUUCAAGCGUAAAUUCUCUGUUGAUGUGGGUCCCUUUGGAUUCGGAACCAACAUCCCGCAUCCGUCAUCUAUGCAUGAUCAAGACGCAUAUCGAAGAAGCUCAUGCUCGGCUGUUUCUAUGGAUAAUGACUGUGUUCAGCAAAAUGAACAUCAUGGAAGCAAUGCUUAUUCUACUGCUGCCAAUGCUGCUGCCUCUGUUAGAUGCCAACAGCAACAACAGCACCAAUCAGACUAUAGCUUCUUGACCUCUAUGCAACAUCAUCAACACCACUCAUUUGGCAAUCCAACCAUGACCACCAGCACUGCUGUUACUAGUUCCACUUCAUCUACUGGUAAUGUAGUUCCCGAUAGUCCUGCAGGUGCAAAGGCUUCUGCUGCAUCUCGUCGUGGCUCUCGUGCACAGCUCUCCGGCCCUAAUACCCAACAUAAGCAUGCUUGCUCUUAUCCUUACUGUACUUGGAGCUUCAAACGUUAUGAGCAUCUCAAGCGUCAUAUGUUGGUUCACACUGGCAAAAGACCUCAUGUUUGCCAUUUUCCUGGAUGUGGUAAAAGUUUCAGUCGUUCUGAUAAUUUCCACGCUCAUUACCGCACUCAUACCAAAAAGACAAACAUGCUUCAGCAAGGUGGAUCCAAGAAGAAGGGUGGCAGCAACAACAACAACAGUUCCAAGAAUAACAGCAAUCAGUCUGUCGCUGCCUCUGCUGCUGCUGCUGCUGCAGUUGUCGCUGCCGCCGCUGCUGCUUCUGUCUCUUCUUCCAAUGCAUCCAUACCAUCUCAGCAAGUAUUCGAUGAUAGAUCUCCAGCUUACUUUGCAAAGCAACAACAGUCUCCAGCAUUUGACAUGAUGGACAUGUACGGUCAACGCCACAGCUACUCUGAACAGGGCGAUGCCAGCUUUCAUCAACAUCAUCAUCAACAGCAACAGCAGCAAUAUAUGCGUCAUUAUAAUCCUCAUCAACAGCAUCAGCAUCAACAGAAUUUUAUCCAUCAAGAUACCCCAACUUCGCCUAAUGGUGGUGUUUCGUCUUUACUCAAUCAUGAACACCAAAGCCAUGCAUUCUAUAACACCUCAAGCCCAACUCAUUCACCUACUGCCACUACAGCUGCCUCAAAUGAUCACGAUAGAUUCAAUUGUUCUAAUAAUAUGAUGCAACAACAACAGCAGCAACAGGGUUCUUACAGCUAUCACCCUUAUCCUAUCCAAAGCCCAAAUGGUAGUGAAACCGCCAACAAUAGCAUCAAUGCUGCUGCUGCUGUGGUUGCUGCCGCUGCUGCUUCCUCCUCGUCCUCCUCGUCGUCCACUGCUAGUUCUGUCAUUGCUAGCUCUGCUACUGUUGGAAUCAAGUCCUCUGCUUCUUCACGCCGCUCAUCCAACACAAACAGUACCAACAACGGCAUGAGUCAGCAAAAGUCUCAUACUUGUCCAAUUGCUCAAUGUCAACGAAGAUUCAAGCGUUUGGAACACCUCAAGCGUCAUAUGAGAAUUCAUACCAUGGAAAGACCCUUUGGUUGCACAUUUCCCAAUUGCCACAAGACCUUUUCUCGAUCUGAUAACUUGUCUCAGCAUAUGAAGACACACCAAAGAGUGGAGGAUCGCCGCAGAAGACAGCAUCAUCACCACCAGCAACAAGUACAUCAAAGUGAAGCAUCUUCUCAACAGCAUUUACCACCUUUAAACAGCCCUAAUAACAACCAACAACAACAGCAAUCCAACAACAGCAACAGCAACAAUAUGAUGUCAAAUAUGGUCGGCAUGUCAUGGCACUCAACAAACAAUGCUGGUACUGUGGGUUGCUAA